UAUAAAGCUUUAAGGACACCUUGCUCAUACUUUUCAGAAUUUUGGGAGAUUAAUUUCUCCUUCAUUCUCCUUGCUAUGCCCCUCAAAUGAUAGAUCCUGUCCUUCAUCCUCUCUAAUUAUUGUUUGAAGAGGAGAGAGAAAAUUUAUAUCUUUUGUCAAACUUCAAAAACAUUAUGCUUUUGACUUUCUCCUAACUACCCUUCUGGCUUAAGAUUUCUGAAAUUCGAUUCGAUUUUCGAAGAUUAGUUGGUUUCUGGGUAUUCAGAAAUUCUGGGCUUGAAGCUCUAUUUUGGUUUGUAAAUACAUAGUGUAAUUAGGGUGAUGGAUGUGGUUUCGGGUUCCGGUGUUGAUAGUCUGGGGUUUAUGUUUUGAUGGAGGAGUUUGUAUAUUUGGGUGCAAGUAAUUUUUGAUCAUCACAUUUUGUAGUUUAUAAGGGUUUUGAAUUCGUGGGAGGCCAAUGGAUGAAGAGUCUUCUUCCUGGAUUAGGAGAGCUAAGUACUCGCACACCAUCUGUCAUCGACUUGAUUCAUCUAAAUUGGCCUCCGUUCCAUUAAGAUUUCGUACAGUUGAAAUUCCGAAAUUUAAGCCUAAGGAGCCUGAUACUGCCCCUGUACGCAAGGUUGGAGAGCCUUAUCAGCCUCAGAUUCAAAAGAAUCCGUUGACAAAUAAGCAAAGAUCUGUAUCACCUCUGCCGGAAACUAUUGUUUCGGAUACCUUUAAGGAAGCUCGGUUGGAGAAAAAGAGAUCUUCUACACCUCUUCCGAGAAGGAAGGAGCCUGAUAAGAAAACAAUUGAUUUUUCUUUUAGUUUUGAUUCUCCAGACGGCAGGAAAUCCAAUGGGAGGAAUACUAGUCCAUUGAGGAAUUUCUCUCCUAUGAAAAGUUUCAGUAGAUUGAAGCAGAAGAAGGAUUCUGGUUGGGCAAAGUACUUUGAUCAUGGAGGGGGAAAAGUUACAUCUGUAGAAGCUGCUGAUGAUUACAUGGUCGAUCUUUCACAAUUGUUUCUUGGGCUUAGGUUUGCUCAUGGAGCUCACAGUCGGCUUUACCAUGGAAUAUACAAGGAUGAACCUGUAGCUGUGAAAAUUAUCCGAAUACCAGAUGAUGACGAAAAUGGAAGCUUGGCUUCUCGUUUAGAGAAGCAGUUUAACCGAGAAGUUUCUCUUCUAUCACGCCUCCACCAUCCUAAUGUAAUUAAGUUUGUGGCAGCGUGUAGGCAACCACCAGUAUUUUGCAUCGUUGCAGAAUACUUGUCGGAGGGUUCUUUGAGGUCAUAUUUACAUAAGCUUGAAAAUGAAACACUUCCUUUACAGAAAUUAAUCCCUGUAGCGCUUGAUAUUGCUCGUGGAAUGGAUUAUGUGCACUCACAAGGUGUCAUUCAUCGGGAUCUCAAGCCUGAAAAUGUUUUGAUUGAUCAAUCAUUUCACAUGAAAAUUGCUGAUUUUGGGAUUGCUUGUGAGGAAGUACAUUGUGAUCCUUUUGCUGAUGAUCCUGGAACAUACCGCUGGAUGGCUCCUGAGAUGAUUAGGCAUAAGCCUUAUGGAAGGAAAGUUGAUGUAUACAGCUUUGGACUAAUGUUAUGGGAAAUGGUAUCAGGAAACAUUCCUUAUGAGGACAUGACCCCUAUCCAGGCCGCUUAUGCUGUUGUUAAUAAGAAUUUGCGGCCUGCUUUCCCAAAGAGCUGUCCUCCUGCCAUGAGAGCUUUGAUUGAACAAUGCUGGUCUGCACAGCCAGAGAAGAGGCCUGAGUUUUGGCAGGUUGUGAAAGUUCUUGAGCAGUUUGAAUCUUCACUGGCCCAUGAUGGGACCUUGAAGUCGGUACAGAAUUCUAUUUUUCAAGAUCAUAAGAAGGGAUUUCUUCAUUGGAUACAAAAGCUUGGUCCCCCUCAUUCUCAUUCUAAGUCAAUGCCUAAACCCAAGUUCAAUUGACUCUCCUUAUGACCUUGCCUUUGUAGUUCAAUCAGAUUACCUUGUAAUUAAUAGGCUUAUUUUUAGUCUCUGUUGGUUGUAUUACUAUUUCACAUCUAUGCAAGUGGAGUCAAUAGAGUAGUGGGCAUGCUGAGUUUGAACGCUUCUUAUACACACUACAUGCACAGCAAUAUGCAUUUUGAUAUUGGAAAAGAGGUUGUUUUUGGUUGCAACAUCGUUAGCUUUUGCGGGGCAUAAUUUCUGAUGGCCUUUAAAUAUAGAAUUUUAUUUUCUUCUGAA